ACAUAUGUGCAGGCCAAGGAGUCUCCUCACCUCACCUUGGUUCACACCAGCACGGUGAAGGCCAUUUUUGACAAGGAAAUGUCCGUCAUCGGAGCUGUGGUCAGCCGCAAGUCCUCCAACCCACCUUUACCGCUCCCUCCCAAAAGAAGAGCUCCCACGCUGGUACAGAGAAGUGUGUGGGACGUGCAGAGCCCGUUCAAGAUAGUCCUGGUGAAAGGCAGCAAGGUGAACGCAGAGGAGACGGCCAAGGUCCAGGUGAGGGCAGGGCUCUUCCACGGCACAGAGCUGCUCUGUAAGCCGGCAGUGAGCAGCGAGAGUAACGGACGCUCGGACCAUACCUGGAAGGACAGCACGUUGGAGUUUGACAUCGCCGUCUCCGAUCUGCCGCGCAUGACCCGCCUGUGCUUCGCCAUCUAUGCCGUCAUGGAUAAGGUCAAGAAGCAGAAGUCCACCAAAAACGCUCACAUAAACAAAUACCCAACCAUCCGCAAGGCGGGGAAGGUGCAUUAUCCCAUAGCUUGGGUCAACACCAUGGUGUUUGACUACAAAGGGCAGUUGAAGACCGGAGACAUCAUCCUGCACUGCUGGUCUUCCUUUCCUGAUGAACUUGAAGAGAUGCUGAACCCAAUAGGAACUAUUCAGACCAACCCGUACACUGAAAAUGCCACAGCGCUGCACAUCCACUUCCCAGAGUACUCCUCACACCCCAUCGUAUUUCCUCUGUUUGACAAGAUCCUGGAAAAAGCUGCACAGAUCGCCAGAGCCAGUGACUGCGCACCCAUAGGUCGUGGUGGGAAGAAGUUCUACAUCGAGCUGAAAGAGAUCAUGGAGCGCGAUCCGCUCUCUCAGCUGUGUGAGAACGAGAAGGAUCUGAUCUGGACACUACGCUACGACUGUCGUGAGAAUUUCCCUCAGUCCCUACCGAAGCUGCUGCUCUCCGUUAAGUGGAGCAAACACGAGGACAUGGCCCAGGUUUGUCAGUGGGUCCACAGAUACAAGCUUUACAACAUCUCAUCUUACUGCAGAAUCGUACCGUAUGGUUGCUUAGCAACAGGGGAUCGAGCAGGACUGAUCGAGGUGGUCUCGUCAGCUGACACAAUUGCAAACAUCCAGUUGACCAGCAGCAACGUUGCAGCCGCUGCAGCAUUCAACAAGGACGCCUUGCUCAACUGGCUCAAAGAGAGGAACUCUGGUGAUGCUCUUGAUCGGGCCAUCGAGGAGUUCACUCUGUCAUGCGCAGGCUACUGUGUAGCUACGUACGUCCUGGGCAUCGGAGAUCGCCACAGUGACAACAUCAUGGUCCGCAGCACCGGACAGCUUUUUCAUAUAGACUUUGGUCAUAUCCUGGGAAACUUCAAGUCCAAGUUUGGCAUCAAAAGGGAGCGUGUCCCAUUCAUCCUCACACACGACUUUAUUCACGUCAUCCAGCAGGGCAAGACAGGGAACACUGAAAAAUUUGGCAGUUUCCGUCAGUACUGCGAGGAGGCUUAUCUAACCCUGAGGAGGAAUGGGAACCUCUUCAUCACUCUGUUUGCCCUCAUGCUGACUGCUGGACUACCUGAGCUCACCUCUGUCAAAGACAUCCAGUACUUGAAGGACUCUCUGGCUCUAGGGAAGACAGAUGACGAGGCCCUGAAGCAAUUCCGCCAGAAGUUUGACGAAGCCUUAAGAGAGAGCUGGACGACCAAGGUGAACUGGAUGGCCCACAAUGUGGCCAAAGACAACCGCUCCUAGAACCAGUACAAGCCCUUAAAGGCCGGGGACCAAGAGAUGCCGUGAGGGGAGCAAGAGAUAGGGGGCCAGAUGUGCCAUGGAGACCCUAACUUAAAGAAGGGAGUUUAGCUGAAGUCUGGCGUGCAGACAGAUUCACCCCCCAUGU